GCCCUCGGUGUUCUUCACGCUGCUGCUCGUUUUUGGUUUUUUUGUUUGUUUUCUCUGUGCCUUCCGAGCCCCUUCGAGCGAAAGCGGGCGGUGGGCUCCCGCGCACGUCGCAGCAGCCUCCUAGGUGUGCUUCCAGAAGCGCGGCCUCGGCCUCCUCUUCCUCCGCAGCCCCGUCGGCUUGCCGCCAUCAUGUCUGCUGCAAAUUCUGUGACUCCGAACACAGCAGCCUCCAGAGAGGCUGGCACCCAGUCCUCGUCAGCUGCAUCCAGCCAAGGCUAUGUUCUACCAGAAGGCAAAAUCAUGCCCAACACCAUUUUUGUUGGUGGAAUUGAUGUUAGGAUGGAUGAAGCAGAAAUUAGAAGUUUCUUUGCUAGAUAUGGUUCUGUUAAAGAAGUAAAAAUAAUCACGGAUCGAAGUGGUGUGUCCAAGGGCUAUGGGUUUGUUUCAUUUUAUAAUGACGUGGACGUACAGAAGAUAGUGGAAUCACAGAUAAAUUUUCAUGGUAAAAAGCUGAAACUGGGCCCUGCAAUCAGGAAACAAAAUUUAUGUGCCUAUCAUGUGCAGCCUCGUCCGUUGGUGUUGAACCCUCCCCCUCCACCGCAGUUUCCCAGCAUGUGGGGCAGUCCGAGCACUGAAGCUUACAUGCAGCCCCCGGCCAUGAUGAAUCCCAUCGCUCAGUAUGUGCAGGCAUAUCCUCCUUACCCAAGUUCACCAGUUCAGGUCAUCACUGGAUAUCAGCUGCCUGUUUAUAAUUAUCAGAUGCCACCACAGUGGCCUACUGGGGAGCCAAGAAGUUAUGUUAUACCUCCGGCUUACACAACUGUUAACUACCACUGCAGUGAAGUUGAUCCAGGAGCUGAAGUUUUGUCGAAUGAAUGCUCCAUUCACGAAGCUGCUCCAUCCCCUGGAAAUGGCUCGCAAAAGAAAUCUGUGGACCGAAGCAUACAGACGGUGGUGUCGUGUUUAUUUAGUCCAGAGAACAGGCUGAGAAACUCCGUCGUGACUCAAGAUGAUUACUUCAAGGAUAAAAGAGUACAUCACUUUAGAAGAAGUCGGGCAGUGCUUAAAUCUGUUUGAUCCUCCCUGCCAACUUUCUGGUCUCAUGGAAAUUGGCUGAUUUUGAAUAUUAAGAAGAGACUGGAAGUUUUUCAUUGCUGUAGAAUUUAACUCUGAGUUUAUCAAAAUUCAGAGUUAUAUUAGAUUGUGUAGUUUUAUUUUACACUGAAACUGUUCUUCAUUAGCUGUUUAUUUAGAAACUAGUUCCAUGUUUAAUAGAUAGUUUAAAGUAAAAAUAAAUGAAACAGAGAAAGAACUUUUAAGAUUAUCUGUAAGGAUUUUUUUAGACUUGAAAUUAGAAUUUUAAGAGUUUUAAAGGUAAAUACGGAUUUUCAAAAAAAUUGUUUUAAAAAGCCUCUUUUUGAAAGGUCAGAAUUUUGGACAGUUUGAAUACAAGCGUUUCAUUUCUCCAACAAGUACCUGUGAACAGGACAGGAUUUAGAGUAUUGUUCGUUGUUUUCUGAUUUGUCUAGAAAUUUACCACAAAAGCAGAAUUUUUAAAACUGCAUUUUUAAUCAGUGGAACUCAGUAUACAGUUAGUUUUAUUGAAGUCUUCCUUAUCUAAACCCAGUAAAACAGAUUCUAAACAGUCCAAUCAAUGGGUCUUACAUGUUUUCAAAAUACUUUAUUCUUCAUCUGGAUUCCACCCAUGUAUGUUCUGCUUGAUUGGGAUGGUAAUUAGGAUAACUAAAAUUCUGGGCCUGCUGUUUUUUUUUUAAGAAUACAGAACAAACUAAACUUUACUAAGUAGAUUAACUUCUCAGUGAGUAACCAUUUUCCUUUUUAGUUUUACUCCCUUUUCCUCAAAAUGCUGUAAGUAAUGGCUGUAUCUUAAAUUGUGCAAAAUAUUGGUAUUAAAGGCUGCUGAAAUUUUUUAUGUCACUUAAAGGUUAAUCAGAGUAUCUGAUAAGAAUAUGUUUUUAUAAAAACAUUAGUUAUUAUAUAGAAAUUAGAUUUUUAUUUUGUUGGCCUAUUAUUAUCUUUCCUUUUGUAAACCAAAAUAUGUCCAGAGUAGUGAAAGAAUGUAGAUUUUCCUUUUCUAAGCCACAAAAGUUGUGAACAAUAGGUAUAUCCAAACACAAAUUUAACGAAUUGUUUCUGGAUCUGCUUGGAGCCCCAUGACUCACAGCAGCCGUUUGCUGUGCCCACAGCCC